AUGUCGAUGAAACGUUUUGCGAAAGGAGCUUUGAGGAUUGCAAAUGAGUUAGCCAGACACACUCGUCUCUUUCCGCGGGUCUUCCAACCGCUCGUCCCGCAAAUCACCGCUGUUGUUAAGAAUUUGCCUCGAGCCCCUCCACGGGUCCCCAGAAAUUUCAUCUUUAGAUUCGGUCAAAACUUGUUGAGACAUCACCGUUUAUUCUCUCGGCCUUUUGUCUCAAUCCCUCAUUAUCGACACCUCAUUCGAUCCAAUUCAAGAUUCCAAAACUUCAAUCAUUUUGUGAAGCAAGCUAAACAAGUUGGUGUUGUGGAGAGGAUUCGGGACGUAUUCGCAACAAAAGAACGCUACAAUCCUGCAUUGAGACAAGACGAGUUACCCGAGAGAAUUGAUGCCUAUGAUAUUGGCGAUUUCAUAGCAAAAGGAGGAAAUGGAGCUGUUUAUUCUUUGAAACUUCGAGAUCGACAAAUGAAUCUGAAAAGAGCUUCGGGAUUCACUGUUGACCCGGGAUUGGCCUUUCUUCCAUCAACUUCAUCGGGAGUCAACGAUCUGAACAGAGAUGAUGAAUUCAAGAAAUAUCCGUUGGCGUUGAAGUUGAUGUUUAACUAUGACCACGAAUUGCCGGGAGAGGAAUAUUUGUGGAGAGAAAUGGGAGCUGAACUGGUGCCCUUGCCUGGAAGUGAAAAGAAAUUAAUGGGGAAAUUUGGGAGAUUCGCAUUGCCUUCAUCUCAUCCAAAUAUUGUCAAAGUUCACACGGCAUUCGUUGAUACAAUGCCGAUUCUUGCCGAUGCUCAUAUCAGAUAUCCUGAAGCAAUCCCUCCACUUGACGUUGAUCCAAAGACAUUGUUUGUUGUGAUGAAAAGAUAUCGUAUGAAUCUUCAUGAAUAUCUACAAUUACCCGUUUCACUUGAUGUACAUAGGGGGACGGUAAUGCUGGCACAAUUAUUAGAAGGUGUCACUUUCUUACACAAAAAUUGUGUGGCGCAAAGGGAUAUGAAAUCGGACAAUGUUUUACUGGAAUUUGAUCAUUACGAUGAGAUCCCACUACUGGUUAUAUCUGACUUUGGAUGUGCUCUUGCCACAAGUUCAUGGAAAGUUCACUACAAGGAUGAUUACGUGGAUUUGGGUGGAAAUGUGGCGACAAGAGCGCCAGAAGUGAUCACUGCAAGAGCCGGCAAUUCAUCGUACAUCGAUUUCUCAAUGGCGGACACAUGGGCAACGGGCGGACUUGCCUAUGAGAUUUACACGAGAAGAAAUCCCUUCUACCAUCGUUUGAAAUCGGCAACUUAUGGUGAAGAGGAGUUGCCUGAUCUACCCGAACCGGUGACAUUCACUGUGAAGAAAGUUGUACGAGAUCUACUCAAAAGAGAUCCAAAACAGCGUGUUCUCCCAUCAGUCGCGGCAAACGCUGUCGUCUUGUCACUUUUCCGUUUCGGCUCCAAUAUUGAACAAUUCUUUUCGGAAAAUCUUUUUCAUUUCGAGGCAAGCUCUUUGGAUAACAUGAUGAGCAGAACAUUGAGAAAGUUAUCGGAGAAAGCCGAAAAAUCGCUUGAUGAUGUGUUAAUGAUGGUGACAGUGGAAACGAUUUUUGGUCGUUUUCAUCAAGAAAUGAGUCGAGCUGAAGCACAGGUUCGUGCGACUUUCUUGUCGAGAAUUGAGCGAUCCGAGAUUUGGACAACAAUCGAUUACUUUCUUGAGCCACAAAACUUGAAGAUCGGCCUUGAUUUGAACACAAAUUUCCUUAAAGCAGGAAUUGAGCCAACAACUUGUCCAAGUACUGAAAACUCACGUGUCACUGUGAAA